AUGGAUGAUAUCAGUGUGAAAAGGGGGCGAAACAGUGAGCAAAAGAAGGUCGAAGGGAGUGAUUUUGAGAGCGCAAUUUCGGCCACGAAAUUCGGUUGGUACAACUAUGGUGUGAUUGGCAUUGGGUGCUUCUGGAACCUGAUAACCGUCGUCGAAGUCACAACAUUCUCCUUCAUUCUGCCCACACUGCAGUGCGAUUGGGCGUUGGACACCAACCGCAUGGGUCUCCUCAAUUCGAUAAUAUUUUUAGGCAUGAUUUGUGGCUCCGUUCUCUGGGGCUUCCUGGCGGAUAUCCUGGGUCGCAGAAACCUCCUCUCGUGCUGUAUCCUCGCACUGGGCUUCAUCAAUAUUGCUCUCGGGUUCAGCAAUAAUUUUGCGAUGCUCAUGCUUUUCAAAUUCUUCAGUGGUUUCAUCAAUUCAGGACCGAUGUCAAUUAUAAUCUCGUACAUGAGUGAAAUGCACGGAGUUCGCUAUAGAGUGAGAAUUUUAGUCUUUAUCGCCAUCUUUUAUGGUGGCGGUAACUUUGCGACGUCCCUUCUGGGACUGAUUUUCCUCAGUCGCCCGCUGGAAGUGCACUUUCGCGGAGUGACUCUCCACUCUUGGCAACUGCUUCUGCUGACGGUUGCCGUGCUGGAUUUCGUGGGUGGCACAUUGGCUUGUCUGCUGCCGGAGAGUCCCAAGUUUCUCAUGUCUCGCGGGAGAUGCGAAGAAGCCCUGCGGGUCCUCCAGACAAUAUACAGAAGAAAUACGGGUAAACAUGCAGACACAUAUCCAGUGAGUGACUCUGGCGUGUCGAUGCAGAAGAAUGGGCUCAUGAGAGCUUUUACCCAAAUUGCACCCAUGCUGAAGCCACCCUACGUCACAAAGUGCCUCCUCGCCUUCGGCAUCGAAUUGUUUCUGCUGCUGGGGAUGAACUCAAUGAGACUGUGGAUGCCGCAAGUGUUUGCAUUCAUGGGCGAUGGCGAAAGUGACUCUGACUUUGAUAUUUGCACCAAAAUUCAAUCAAAUGAUGUGCGCAGAGGAAAUGCUACGGAUUCCGAUGAAUGUUCAGCCUCACGAGUUCUGUCCGAAGGCAUUUUCUUCAACGCCAUGAUUGUGCAGUCAGUCGGCAUUGUGGGAACUAUUCUGAUUUGCAUAUUCAUCAAAACUAUCCACAAUAAACUCAUGCUAGUCUGUUCAACACUUAUCGGUGCCAUCGCCUCAAUUGCCAUCUACUUCUCGGUCAGCCCACUCAUGGUGGUCAUAAUGUACAGCCUGACCGUGGGCCUGAGUCUCUCCUCCCAGGCGGCAUUCAGCAGCAUCCUGUCCAACAUCGUGCCAACCGCCUUCCGCUCCACUGUCAUCUCAAUUUCACUCUCGUGCGGACGCCUCGGAUCGAUGCUGGGAACUUAUCUCUUCCCCCAGCUCAUGGCCCAGGGAUGCUGGCCGCCGUUUGUUGCAAUUGGAGUGGUGUUUUUCGCUUGUGCCAUGCUGUGCAUGUGUCUGCCAAGAUCCACCCGGAAAACCCUCUUGUAG